CUAAACAGCACGAGACUUCACCAUUUCCACGAAAGACCGUUCAGUCUGGUGGCGGAGAAAAGUACCGAAAGAAAGUACCGGAAUGUUCAGAAACGGCUCUUGGCCUUUGCCUUUCGAACGCAUAUGAUGACGGCUAGAGUCAGGAGAGAGUGUGUGAGGUUCCAGUUGAGCAAAGAUCUAUCCUCUCAACUUCAAGUCAUUUAGGAGCCCAAGGUCUGGAAAUUGUUCGACUAGACCAGAGGAUCCUGGCCUGUGAUACCGGGAAUUAGUGACAUCGGCGAAGCCACGGAUGAGGUUUCUGCGCGCCCUGAGUAUCAGCCGCUGCAGGACGAAUUCAUUUCAUUCGAUGCAUCGCAAUCCAAGGAUUUUGACGAUGAGCAAGGUGAAGAAGAAGCCUAUGUGAUGACGAAGACGAAGAUGUCAAUUCGGUGUUCGGAUACGACGAGGUCGACUGUGACAACUCGGAGGUUGUACGCAACCAAGCCAAAGCCGAUGAAACCACCAUGCUGAUCGACAUUCGAAGAUGUGG